AUGGACGACCGUGAACUGGACCUGACAGAACAACAAGUAGCUACCAAAUCUAAAUAUCCACCUAUCAACAAAAAAUAUGAAUACCUGGAUCACACAGCGGAUGUACAAAUACAUUCAUGGGGAAACAAUCUGGAGGAAGCCUUUGAGCAGUGUGUCAUGGGCAUGUUCGGGUACAUGACAGACACUGAAACUGUGGAACCACUGGACACAGUAGACGUAGAGUCUCAAGGUGAUGACAUGGAAUCUUUGCUUUUCCACUUUUUGGAUGACUGGUUGUAUAAGUUUUGUGCAGAUCUGUUUUUCAUCCCCAGGGAAGUCAAGGUACUGCACAUUGACAGAGUGAACUUCAAAAUUCGCUCCAUAGGGUGGGGUGAAGAAUUUUCUUUGGAUAAGCAUCCCCAGGGAACUGAGCCCGGAUCCUGCGCAAUCAAGCUGCAAGUUGGACUAAUGAACGACAUGGCUAGCCCACAGAAGAAACUCAAAAUGGAUGACACCAAAUACCUACCAGAGCUCCUUGCGGAAAAGGACAGCCUGGAUUCUUCUUUCACACAUGCGAUGAAGCUAAUCUCAGCAGAAAUCGACCGGAUUCAGAAAGGCGAGACUAAAAAGGACAAUGACAAAGAACCUUACUUGGAUUUGUUUACUACGAAAAAUUUGAAACUGAAAGAGCGGGUUCUCAUUCCCCUUAAACAGUUUCCAAGGGUUAACUUUGUUGGUAAAAUUUUGGGGCCUGGAGGAAACACAAUUAAGAGACUCCAAGAGGAAACUGGUGCAAAAAUAUCAGUGUUGGGCAAAGGUUCCAUGAAAGACAAAAAUAAGGAGGAAGAGUUGAGGAAGGGAGGCGAAGCUAAAUAUUCUCAUCUGUCAAUGGAGCUCCAUGUAUUUGUUGAAGUCCAUGCCCCCAUUCCAGAAGCCUACCUGCGCAUGGCCCAUGCUAUGGAUGAGGUCAAGAAGUUCCUUACCCCGGAACCAGAGGGCGUGGAAUGGGCAGAGGCAGAGGUGGACCACCUGGAGCAAGGGGGCGGGGGAUGCCUCGUGGAGGUCCUCGUGGAGCUAUGCGGGGUGCCCCAAGGGGAGCCCCAGGACGCGGUGGCUCCAGAGGAACACCAGGGGCGCGUGGUGCUGCGAGCAGAGGGGGUGCAGCAGGUCGCUCCAGGCCUCCAGCAGCAGGAGCUCCUCGGAUGCUCCCUUCAUCAGCACUUUCACACCAAGUUUCCUCUGCCCCUCAACAGGGCAAAGCAGAUGGUUAUGAUGAAUAUUCCGGUUAUGAUCAAUCUUAUGCCGAGGGAGGGGCCUAUGAAGGCUAUGACUAUUACGGUCAACAAGGAGCUGCUACGGAUACUGAAUACUACGACUACGGCCAUGGUGACGGUCAGGAUGCAGCAUACGAAUCUUACACUCAAGAUGACUGGGAAGGCUCCUGGUCCUCUGGUGGGGCUGGGGGCAAAGCUCCAGCUUCCCGACAGGCGAAGGGCUCCUACAGAGAACAUCCUUAUGGAAGAUACUGAGCAACUAAUGACGCAGGACUCUGAAUCUGCGACUGGACCGUAA